AGGAAAGAUAUUGGAAGUAUUUAUUUUCUAUGCGUAAUAUUAACAUUACUGCCGUCGGGAUUGCAUACUAGGACUACGGAGCCUUUCGGACACUUCGAAGUCAUGUAAACAAAUUUCACGCCUAAAUUACAAUUGGCGUAUCGCCUCAAUAAUCUACUUCUAUUUCAACUUCAAUCCUAGUCACUAAAAUCACAAAGUAGAUCUCGCGAUGGAGAAGGACGGCUCGGUUCGGAGGCUUCGGUGGCCUCGGGUUAAGGAGCUGACCAAGGAGCAGCAAUGCAAGUACACUGAGCGGCCUCGCGCGGAUGAACAUAAAUAAGAUCAAGAAACUUCGAAUGUCGAAAAAGAUUACUAUCCAAGCUAUCGGCAUAGAUCUUCAUUCAAUUGAGUUUACAAGUAAUUUUACAAUUGUCCAUCCGAACACCUUGAUACAAGAUGUCAUCUUCCACCUCAACAACCACUGCCAAGCAGCAAAAACUCCCCCAUUUGAACUUCCGAUCAUACGUACAAGCCCUCAAAGACGAUGGCGACCUCGUCGAAAUCAACAAGGAAUGCGACCCGCAUCUCGAGGUCGGCGCCAUUACCCGCAAGGCCCUCGAGGACGAGGAUAAAGCCCCGCUCUUCAACAAACUCAAGGGCCAGAACGAGAACGGACUCUGGCGCAUCCUUGGAGCCGUAAACGGGUUACGACCGGACCCAAAGCAAGUCUUCGGUCGAAUCGCCAGACACAUCGGUCUACCACCCACGGCAUCUGCCAAGCAGAUCAUGGACAAGAUCAUCGAAGCCAAAAGCGGUACCCCUAUCCCACCAAAGGUCGUCGAGUCGGGUCCUUGCAAGGAAUUCCGCCUUACGCCCGACCAGUUCGAUCUUGAAAAACUUCCAUGCCCCCUACUCCAUCAGUCCGAUGGCGGGAAGUACGUCCAGACGUAUGGAAUGCAGUGUUUCCGCACCCCAGACGGGACCUGGACGAACUGGGCUAUUGCACGGGCUAUGGUGCACGACCGUAACCACCUCGCCGGCGCCGUAUUGGAAGUCCAGCAUAUUGGCAAGAUACACGCCAUGUGGAAGAAACUAGGGAAGGACAUGCCAGUGGCCAUCGCAUUCGGCGCUCCACCAGCCGCUAUCAUGGCCGCGAGUAUGCCGCUGCCAGAUGGCGUUUCAGAGCCCGAGUAUGUUGGCUCACUUGUUGGGGCGCCGGUGGAGGUUGUUAAAUGCGAGACUAAUGACAUCUACGUCCCUGCGAACUCUGAGAUCGUUUUCGAGGGAUCGAUUUCGGCUAAUGAGAAGGUGCCCGAAGGUCCUUUCGGUGAAAUGCAUGGAUAUAUUUUCCCCGGCCAGACGCACCAGUGGGCCAAGUACACGAUAGAUAUGAUCACACAUCGGAAGGAUGCCAUCAUGCCAAUUUCUAAUCCGGGCAGGCUGACCGAUGAGACUCAAACCAUGAUCGGCCCUCUCGCCGCAGCCGAAAUCGGAUUCCUCCUAAAGUCCAAGGGCUUUCCCAUCAAAGAAUCGUGGUCCCCAUUCGAGUCACAAGUGACAUGGGUCGUCCUACAAAUUGACACCGAAAAACUCCGCGCAAUGAAAACGACUCCAGCGGAGUUCUCCCGCGGAAUCGGCGACAUCGUAUUCCACGCGAAAUGCGGCUCCAUGAUCCACCGCCUUGUCCUCGUAGGCGACGAUAUCGAUAUCUACAACUUCAAGGACGUAUCAUGGGCUUUUUGUACCCGCUGCCGUCCUCGUAUGGAUGAGUACUUCUACGAGGAUGUCAUCGGUUACCCAUUGAUCCCGUAUAUGGGUCAUGGAAAUGGUGAUAUGUGGAAGGGUGGGAAGGUUGUUUCGGAUGCUUUGCUGCCGGCGGAGUAUACCAUCGGCAGGCUCUGGGAAGAAGCUAGUUUUAGGGGGUCAUUUCCGAAGGAGUUGCAGGAGAAAGUGCUUUCCGAGUGGGAGACGCUGGGAUAUACUUCCUAAGGAGUCCUGGGCAUGCCGCGAUAUUUUCCUCAAAUUUUUAUUCUAUUUGAGUUAUGUCAGACACAUCUAUUCUCGCCUAUUAAUUGAGUAAUCAUAGAUAUAAAUUGUAGCUAAACUGAAUAUCAUUCAAUUUACCACCAGGCAAUAUCCCCUUUCCGAAGAGGCUCUGCC